AGUGGCAGGCCAGGAUCAGCCUUUAAGAUGGCGUCUCCUCAGGGGGGCCAGAUUGCGAUCGCGAUGAGGCUUCGGAACCAGCUCCAGUCAGUGUACAAGAUGGACCCACUACGGAACGAGGAGGAGGUUCGAGUGAAGAUCAAAGACUUGAAUGAGCACAUCGUUUGCUGCCUGUGCGCUGGCUACUUCGUGGAUGCCACCACCAUCACAGAGUGUCUUCAUACUUUUUGCAAAAGUUGUAUAGUGAAGUACCUACAAACCAGCAAGUACUGCCCCAUGUGCAACAUCAAGAUCCACGAGACGCAGCCACUUCUCAAUCUCAAACUGGAUCGGGUCAUGCAGGACAUCGUGUACAAACUCGUGCCUGGUUUGCAAGACAGUGAAGAGAAACGAAUUCGAGAAUUCUACCAGUCCCGAGGCUUGGACCGGGUCACCCAGCCCAGUGGGGAAGAGCCAGCCCUGAGCAACCUCGGCCUCCCCUUCAGCAGCUUUGACCACUCUAAAGCCCACUACUAUCGCUAUGAUGAGCAGCUGAGCCUCUGCCUAGAGCGGCUGAGUUCUAGCAAAGACAAGAAUAAAAGCAUCCUACAGAACAAGUAUGUUCGAUGUUCUGUUAGAGCUGAGGUACGCCAUCUCCGGAGGGUCUUGUGUCACCGAUUAAUGCUAAAUCCUCAGCAUGUGCAGCUCCUUUUUGACAAUGAAGUUCUCCCUGAUCACAUGACAAUGAAGCAGAUAUGGCUCUCCCGCUGGUUCGGCAAGCCAUCUCCUUUGCUUUUACAAUACAGUGUGAAAGAGAAGAGGAGGUAGGGGCCAAGCCCCUGUUCCCUCCUACUCCCCUUCCUUCCCCAGAUAUUUAUGUAAAAUUAACUGUGGCUUUAUUUUUUGAAAUAAAAACUUUU